UGUAAUCUGAUUACAUAACCCUGAUGACAUGUAAUCAGUGACUACCCAACCCUGAGUGUAAACAAAUAUGGCAACAUUGCUCUUUUAAUAUAAACUAAUUGUUGGCAGAUUGUGGUACAAGAUGAAUAAAACAUCCAAGGACAUGUUGUCUUGGGGAAAGCAAUCAACUUCAAGGUGGUAACUUGCACCACCCUGUCAUUAGGUAGUUGUGUUUUGGUUUUUUUUUUUUAAAUUUCUGCAUAACGGCACAUUCCCUACCCAUGUAUUUUGCUGUGCUUCUACAGGUGUGUACUGGUCUGUGGUGGAAUUCAAAAACCAUGAGUCGCUUUUUGAAUUUGUUAAGGAGCUGGCUUGUCAUGGUGUCUGUGAUCGCACUUGGCAACACUAUACACAGCUUCCAUGAUCACAGUUUUCUGUCUGAGAAACUUUACACAGGCAAACCAGAACUUGUAAAUGGCCUUCAAGCAAGGACUUUUGGAAUCUGGACCUUGCUGUCGUCUGUUGUUCGCUGUGCCUGUGUCCUGGACAUUCAGAACAGGACGCUUUAUCACGUCACGUUGUGGACAUUUGUUCUGGCUCUUGGUCACUUCCUGUCUGAAGCCUUUAUAUACAAAACAGCUGAACUUACCAUUGGAGUUAUAGCUCCCCUUUUUGUGGCAGGUUUUUCUAUCGUGGGUAUGUUAAUUGGGUUCCAGUGUCUCAUGGAGCCGGAGGAAGUAACUGGAGUGAAGCAGAAGAAAAAGACCUGAAUCUAUGCCUCAGGGACUCAUUAUGGGUCCGUAUCACUUUACACUCGGAAAAGCACUAGGGGGUUCGUCACUGCUGAUGAAGGACAGCCUGAUUGAAUAUAACUGUCUAUUCACGCUUUCACAUUCCACUGUGUGGACGAAGUGCUUGUUUUUUCUAAUACUGUUAACCAAGUAUAUCCUAUUAUAGGAGUAAAACUUAUCUUCUCAGGAAUUGAUCCCAUGCACAGUUUAUGAAUAGUUAAGUAUUCUUAAAUUGGUAUAUGUGCAUGGCAUGCCUUGUACAGACUCUGCCUCCUGCAUAUGGCCUUGUCAUAAAAAUACUACUGUGUGGUUGCCAAAUACUGUAUGAGUAGUAAUAAACACUCUAUGAAAUGGUGUAUAUUCCAAACAAUUACUUGGGGAGCUUUAUCCAUGCUUGCCAUGCAGAUUCAUAAGGCCUAGUUUUUGGUGAAGAUAUUUUUAAUCAAAAGCUUUUUGCAUAUCUCUGGAUUCAUUUGAGUUGCAAUACCAUAUGCCCUUUGUGAUGAGGUGCCUUGUAGCACACUUCAACUAUGAAAAGAGCUCUACAGCCUUCAGUUAGGUGCUUCAACUAUAACAGGAUCUGAUGCAAUGCAAAAAUGUGAAUACUUCUGAGACAUAGGAAAAAAACAGGACCGUUAAUUAAAUGGAGCUGCUGCGAUGAUGUUAGUUAACCCAUUACUCAAGCCUUACUGUGAUGGAGUCCCCGUUACUACAGUUGAGUAUGUGCUCUGACUGCCAUACCAAUGAAUCUGGCUCUUUGGUGUUGUGGUCAGGGUGCAGGUUUGGCACUCUAUAGACCUGAGUUCAAGGCAGGAUAAGGUGACUGUUCUCUUGCUUUGCUAUACUUGUUAAAAAUGACAACCAUGUUAUCAAAAAAUAUUUGGGGUUAACACUGUCCUCUUACUGUAAGAAGGUUCUGGGUUUGAAUCCUAUGGCUGACGGGGGCCUUUCUGUGUGGGUUUCCUCCAAGUGCUCUGGCGUACCCUACAAUCCAAAGACACUUGUAUUAUGUAAAAAUACCCAGACACGGGGGUUGCACAAGCCAGUGCAUACUUUGUGCUGGUCCCAAGCCUGACUAGAUUGGGGAGGGUUGUGUCAGGAAGGGCAUCUGAUGUAAAAAAAAAAAAAAUGUAUGCCAAAUCAAAUAUGUAGCUCAUGAUGAUCUACUGUGGCAAAUAAUAGAUAGGCAUUGCCUAAAAGUGGUGCUCCUGAUGAGUGUAAAAUGUGUGGCAGCACUAUCAGCCCAGGAAGCUGUAUUUGUUAUACAACCUCAAUUCCAAAAAAGU